AUGUCUUCCGGUUGCGAGGAACUUACUUCAUAUUUAAAGCAAAGCGGAACCAAAUCUUUCAAGUACUUUUUGCGUCAUUAUCGAGAUGCGAUUGUUGCCAACACUUCACCUCUUUUGCUCUGGCGUGACCUUAACAAUUCCUUGCGUGAACGCUUUUUAGUAGAAGCAAAAAAGAUAUUAAACCAAAAUGAUUUUGAUAACUUGGAAAAGCAGGUCAAUCAAGAACAAAAACGUUAUAAUUUCGAGUAUUAUUGGAAUAAUGUACUUGAAGAGGUUAAAAUAAAACAAGAUAUCUUGGCCCAUGAAGCAGAAGAAGCUCGCAUUCAAGAUGAACUAUCACACCUUCGGCACAAACUAUCUGAAAUCCAAGAAAAUGCAAAAAUACAAAAUAAUGAAGAUGAUACAUCUAAACAAAUGUCAAAAAACGCAUCUAAUAUAUCUGAUACUACUUCAAAUUUCAGUAUAUGUCAGAAGUCGAAGACUCAUAAAUCAUUGGAAGAUGAGAAGAUUGAUAAAUUCCUGGAUUCAAAGUAUAAGGAAAAGAAAAUAGAGCAAGGUAUAAUUCAAGAAGUAAUCUUAUUUAUUCAAAAAGAAAAAAUACUUAUCUCAUUAAUCAAUACUCCUAAAACUCAAGAUAGCAAUAUAAAAGUGAGUGAAGAUAAAAAUGGACAUAAGCUAGCUCGAUUAUUUUUUGAUGCUAAAAUUGCAGAAGAAAUAAUAUGUUGA